GAGAAAUUGCCGCGGAGAGGAGCAGAAAUCCUCCGCGUGGUGUUUCAGUGAUGGAGAGAAAAAAAGGAGUUGCUCUUUAAUAAAAAAACAGCAGGACCCAUGACCCUGACACGAGGUUCCUUCAGCUACUCCAACGGCGAGGAGUACCACGGCGAAUGGAAAGAAGGUCUGCGUCACGGCCUCGGUCAGCUGACCUUCAGCGACGGGUCGUGCUACACGGGGCAGUUUGAGAACGGCCUGUUCAACGGCGUCGGGGUGCUGGUGUUCCCCGACGGCUCCAGGUAUGAGGGCGAGUUCCUUCAGGGGAAGUUUCAAGGCGUCGGCGUCUUCGCCCGAUUCGACGGGAUGACGUUCGAAGGCGAGUUCAAGGGCGGCUGCGUGGACGGCUACGGGGAGCUGACGUUCCUGGACGGCGGCGGCGGUGGAAGCGGCGGCGGCGGAAGCGGUGGCGGUGGCGGCGGCGGCCACGAGGGCCUGUUUGAGACCAACCAGCUGAUGAGGACGGGGAGCAGCCAGGGAGCCGUGCAGAGGGCGCAGGCGGCAGCCGCCACGGCCCGGACUCUGGCCAUGUGACGCUGGACUCCAUCUCCCACAAUGCACCGCUGUCACCCCCCCCCCCCCCCCCAGUUCCUAUAGCCGGUUGUUAU